UUAGAACUAAAACCCCAUUUAAUGAACAAGCAGCGGUGCGGCAAGGUUCGAGAAAUGGGGAGUUAAGACCUAUCAUCAUCAUCACCAAUUCAUUAUCAUUAUCAGCAUCUUCUUCAAGCUUUGGCAUCUCCGAAUCUCCUAAGCGAAUAUUUCACUAAUUUUCCUGCAAUUUGUUUUCAUUUUUUAAUCAAUAAACUCCAAGAUUUUUUGGUGGGUUUUUCGUACAUCGAAGAUUUUCAUCAAAUUUCGUGCCUAUAAAUAUUAUAACACAGGAGGAGGAUCAAGAAAGAAGAAGAAAAAAAUUCAGUACUUGAUCUCAGCUGGAGAGGAGAUGGAUAGUGGAUUAAAGAACGGUGAAGAUUCUAAAGUGUCUUCAGAGACGAUGGAAAGUGAAUUGGCUUGUUCGUCAAAGGAGGCUAGAGGAAAGAGGCUAUGGAAGAAGGUGAAAUAUCAGCUUGUUGAUUUCCAAUCGUUGCCCGGGUAUUUGAGGGACAAUGAGUACAUAAUCGGCCAUUAUCGAUCUGAGUGGCCUUUAAAGCAAGUCUUCCUCAGCAUCUUUAGCAUUCAUAACGAGACACUAAACGUUUGGACGCAUUUAAUUGGGUUCUUCCUUUUCCUUUCCCUGACCAUAUACACUGCCAUGAAGAUUCCAACUGUUGAUCUUCACACUCUCCAUGUUCCUGAUAUGCUGAAAAGGGCUGAUCUGCAUAAAUUGCAAGAAUGCCUUCCUUCCUUACCCAACAUCUCGGGGUGGCAUGUUAUGGAUCUUUUGUAUAAUUGUUUGCCUGAGCGAAUCUCCCAUGGAAACAGCACUGAUAUUUGUGUUCUGCAUGGCUGGAAGGAUGAUUUUGCAAAUAUAAUAGCUCCUCUGAUGGUGAGACCAAUUACAAGAUGGCCAUUUUUUGCAUUCAUGGGUGGUGCUAUGUUUUGCUUGCUAGCUAGCAGCACAUGCCAUCUCCUGUCUUGCCACUCCGAGCGGCUGUCCUACAUCAUGCUCAGGCUUGACUAUGCAGGAAUUGCAGCCCUGAUUUCUACCUCCUUCUACCCACCUGUCUACUACUCCUUCAUGUGUGACCCUUUCUUUUGCAACCUCUACAUGGGCUUCAUAACCAUCGUGGGAAUUGCGACGAUCUUGGUUUCCCUCUUGCCAGUCUUUCAAAACCCCGAAUUCCGCACCAUUCGUGCAUCUCUUUUCUUUGGCAUGGGUUUGUCUGGUAUUGCACCGAUAAUGCACAAACUUUUCUUGUUCUGGGAUCGACCCGAGGUUCUCCACACAACUGCGUAUGAGGUUCUGAUGGGAGCUUUCUAUGGUCUUGGAGCACUAGUUUAUGCAACAAGGAUUCCAGAGCGAUGGAUGCCUGGAAAAUUUGACAUUGCAGGGCACAGCCACCAGCUAUUUCAUGUAUUGGUUGUUGCAGGCGCUUUCACUCAUUAUCAUGCUGGUCUUGUUUACCUCAAGUGGCGAGACCUUGAAGGGUGCUGAAAUCUAGACAAAUAAGAACCUUGCUUGUUUUCGCUUAUUGUACAAGUGAAGUAAUUUAUUAUACAUAUAUGACGUUGUAGAGGAAACCCAAGAAGAAUCUCUGCCUCCAUUGUUGUCAUUCAUCCAGGGAAAAGAAAAAUUGUACCUUUGUAGUUUGGUAGGAAUGGAACAUUAUUAGUUCCAAAUCCAGUUCCAUUGUUCUCUAUUAGUCUGUUGCAAUCUGUGAUAAUAAGGAUUGUUGUUAGUAACAAUGUUUCAUUCUAUGCAAACGUAGAUCUUAAUACAAUCCCAAGAACAUACUUCUACA